AUGGCCGUACAAGCGGCUCUAUUGACGAUCCUCGUCGCCACCGCCACCGUCGUAUUGGCAAACGGCGACGUUCCAAUCCCGGAGAAUGAGGCUCAAGUGAACACGUGGUUUAACCAGAAUAUUAGGCCGUUUGGAGAGAGGAAGGGCACGCUAGACCCGAACCUGGUGAAGGCCGAGGAAGGCGUUAAGAUCAUUAGGGUUAGGAAAGACGGCAGCGAAGAUUUCAAGAAGAUCGCCGACGCCAUCAAGACCAUCCCCGCCUGGAACACCAAGCGUGUCAUCAUCGAUAUAGGACCCGGAGAGUACCAUGAGAAGGUGUUGAUAGACUACAAUCAGCCCUACGUUAGCCUUGUGGGCUCAUCGCCUAAAGACCGGCCAACCAUUACUUAUGGCGCCACGGCGAAACAGUAUGGGACGGUGGAUAGCGCCACCGUCAUUGUCUUGGCACCCUACUUCGUCGCCGCUAAUCUUAUCUUUAAGAAUUCUGCACCAAGGCCGGAUCCAUACAAAAAGGAUGGUCAGGCAUUGGCGUUUAGGAUAAACGGGGACAAGGCAGCCUUCUUCAACAGCAAAUUUAUCGGAUUUCAGGACACGUUAUGUGAUGACAGGGGAUAUCACUUCUUCAAGGAUUGCUACAUUGAGGGCACUGUUGAUUUCAUCUUCGGCAGGGGAACAUCUCUUUAUUUGAACGCAGAUUUAUUUGUGAUUGGUGACAAAGGACUGACAGUGAUCACAGCUCAAGGAAGGGGCGAUAGAGUUAGCACUGGAUACUCAUUUGUGCACAGUAGAAUAGAGGGAACCGGCAAUUCCACCACUUUCUUGGGCAGGCCUUGGGGUGACAAGACUAAAGUCGUUUACACCUACACUUACAUGAGCAAUGUCAUCCAACCCGGCGGAUGGAGCGACAAUUCCCAAACGUCAAAGAAUUUUUACUAUGGAGAGUACAAGAGUGUUGGACCAGGUUCAAGCAAGGGUAAGAGAGCAAAAUUCUCCAAGCAGCUGACCUUUGACCAAGUGAAGCCUUUCAUCACACUUGGCUACAUCAAGGCUUCUACCUGGUUGCUCCCUGCACCUAAACCAUUAUAA